GGACGGACGGCACAGGCACAGAGGACUGACUUCGCAGCGGUAGUCAGUUCAGUUCGGUCGGCGAGCACUGCAGACGAGAGCAGCGCAAGGCACGAGAAGGAGCUCCUCCAUAAACCAUCACCGUACCGUACCGUGUUGGCCGUGCUGCAGGAGCCAUGUCAGGAAAAGGAGUCAAUCUGCGCGAAGUUCCCGGAGCCACCGUCGGCAUCGACCUGGGGACGACGUACUCGGUGGUGGGGGCGUGCCGGAGGGGCAAAGUGGAGAUCUUCGCCAACGACAACGGAAAUCGCACCACACCGAGCAUCGUCGGCUUCCUGGACGCCCAAUCCUUUGUCGGGGAUGCGGCCAAGGACCUGCCCGCCGCCAACCAGGUGUUCGAUGCCAAGCGGCUCGUCGGCCGCCAGUGGAACGACCUAAACGUUCAAAAGGACAGGGGCGUAUGGCCCUUUGAGGUGGUGGAGCAGGAUGGGGUGCCCAGGAUCAAGGUGGACGUCGGCGGGAGAAAGGAAAUCUUCGCACCGGAGGAGAUCUCCGGUAUGGUGCUGCGCGACCUCAAGGACACGGCGGAGGCCGCCCUGGGCCUGACAGUCUCCAAGGCCGUCGUCACCGUGCCCGCCUACUUCAACGAGCGGCAGCGCCAGGCCACCAAGGACGCCUGCAGGAUCGCCGGGCUGGAGGUGCUGUCCAUGAUCAACGAGCCCACGGCGGCCGCCAUCGCCUACGGCCUGGACAAGGGAAAGAACGCCGGCCCCACCAAGACCGUGUUCAUCUACGACCUGGGCGGCGGGACCUUCGACGUGUCCACGACGUGGUGCUGGUGGGCGGCUCCACCCGCAUCCCCAAGGUGCGCGCGCUGCUCCGGGACAUGUUCGGCGGCAAGGAGCUCCGCCAGUCCAUCAACCCGGACGAGGCCGUGGCGUACGGCGCGGCGGUGCACGCCGCCGUGCUGACCGGCGACAAGUUCUUCGACAGGAUGGUGAAGCUCAGGGACGUGACGCCGCUGUCCUUGGGCACCUCUAUCAUUGGAGGUAGGUUCAGUUGCGUUAUUAAGAAGAACACGCCUAUUCCCUGCAAGAACACAGAGACUUACUACACCGUGUAUGACAAUCAGACCAAGGUGUCUUCAAAGAUAUAUCAAGGGGAGAGGCCUCUCGUCAAAGACAAUCAUUACUUGAACAAGGACUACGAGAUCGAGGUUCCCCCUAUGCCCGCGGGCGAGGCAACUAUCGAUACGACUUUCGAGAUCGACGAGAGUGGUUUGCUGACAGUGACGUGCGUUGAGCCCACUUCCGGGCGCCAGGUGCAGCUGAGGAUCACGCCGCAGGAGGCGCAUUUGGGAGAGGCAGACAUCCAGGCCAUGAUCCAAAAGGCAAACAGCUACAGACGCGAGGACCAGGACGCUCUCCGAGACGUAGAGGAGCAGCUCCGAAGGCAACGCCUCUUGUAAAUUAGUUCAUUAUAGUUUCUCUUCCCCCUUUUUGAUCAUUUAUUUGAUUUGCAAUGCGUUCGUAUUUGAGGAAAAUUGUCGGUAUUGUGUUUACUGACGAGGCACUACCGAAUCGGACCGGACAUGCGCCACAAGGCUGAGGGUUGGCAGUGAAAACGCGAAAGACUGUGUCUUCUAAAAUGCAGAAUUUGUUAUACUUGGUAUUUUUUUUUCUGUUUGCAAGUAUUUUGUAAAUUUUGUUGUUUUGCUAUUUUGUACAAUUUUUUGGAACAGAUGUGCAAAUUAGUGAGCGCUCACUUGUAUAAUAAAUGUAAGUGUUUUUCUA